CGGCGGCGGCCUGGGCGGCGGAGCAGCGGGUCCAAGAGGAUGCGGGACCGGCUGCCGGACCUGACGGCGGAAGGACGAUGACGGGGACAUUGUGGUGGCUGUGGAAAAGGACCACAGUCUGGAUGACUUCUUCCAUCAGGUGGAAGGCAUUAGGCGUGGCAUUGCUAACAUAGCCCAGUGUGUGGAGGAUGUCAAGAAGAGCCACAGCAUCAUCCUCUCGGCACCAAACCCGGAAGGAAAGAUCAAAGAAGAGCUCGAGGAUCUCAACAAGGAAAUCAAGAAGACGGCCAGCAAGGUCCGAGCCAAGCUCAAGUGGUUAUCGCUGGAGCUUGGUGUCUGCACAGCGACUCCACCACUCCCGGUGGGCAUUUAUAUCUUUUCUUUUCUUUUUAAAAAUAUUUAUUUAUUUAUUCUCUUUUGUUGCCCUUGUUGUUUUUAUUGUUGUUGUAGUUAUUAUUGUAGUUAUUGAUGUCGUUGUUGUUGGAUAGGACAGAGAGAAAUGGAGAGAGGAGGGGAGACAGAGAGGGGGAGAGAAAGACAGACACCUGCAGACCUGCUUCGCCACCUUUGAAGUGACUCCCCUGCAAGUGGGGAGCCAGGGGCUCGAACCAGGAUCCUUACGCUGGUCCUUGUGCUUUGUGCCACCCGCGCUUAGCCUGCUGCACCACCGCCCGACUCCCAUAUCUUUUCUUUUCUGUUUUUUUAAUGAUAUAGAAUUUGGGAAGGGAGGAGGAAAGGAGACAGAGAGAUCGAGAAGGAAGUGGUGCAGAGGGAGAGAGACAGAGAGAGACACCCGCAGCCCUGCUUCACGUCUCGUGAAUCUUCCCCCUGCAGCUGGGGACUGGGCGCUCGAACCCGGGUCCUGUUGCCCCAUAGAUAAUGUGUGUGCUCUACUAAGUGCACUGCCACCUGGCCCCAGUGUUUUUUUUUUUUAAUAUUUAUUUUAUUUAUUUAUUCCCUUUUGUUGCCCUUGUUGUUUUAUUGUUGUAGUUAUUAUUGUCGUCAUUGUUGGACAGAGAGAAACGGAGAGAGGAGGGGAAGACAGAGAGGGGGAGAGAAAGACAGACACCUGCAGCCCUGCUUCACUGCCUGUGAAGCGACUCCCCUGCAGGUGGGGAGCCGGGGGCUCGAACCGGGAUCCUUAUGCCGGUCCUUGUGCUUUGCGCCACCUGCGCGUAACCCGCUGCGCUACAGCCUGACUCCCCCCCAGUGUUUUUUUUUAAGAUCAGAUUUUGCUCCAUGGUUGUGUGAGUGUUGCAUGUCCUUGCUGCAGCUGUGGGCUCUGUCCGUGCGUCUCUCUGCAAGGCCUUUCCUGUCCACCGGCCUGCUGAACCCGCUGCCUCUAGGUGACUCUCCCCGGGUCACUCCGGUCACUCUGGGCUGGUGUUUUGAAGAAAUUCACAGAUGGGGGUCGGGGCGGCUCGCCUGGCUGGGCACGCCUCCCUCUGUCUGCACAGCCAUCGAGCAGAGCUGCAGUCAGGAUGAAGGUGCUUGGGCGUCCGCGGACCUGCGCAUCCGAAGAACCCAGCACGCGGUGCUGUCCAGGAAGUUCGUGGAAGUCAUGACGACCUACAGCGAGGUGCAGGCAGUCUUCCGGGAGCGGAGCAAAGGCCGCAUCCAGCGGCAGCUGGAGAUCACCGGCAGGACCACCACCAACGAUGAGCUGGAGGGAAUGCUGGAGAGCGGGAACCCCUCCAUCUUCACUUCCGAUAUCAUAUCAGACUCACAGAUCACCAGGCAAGCACUCAACGAGAUCGAGUCUCGCCACAAGGACAUCAUGAAGCUGGAGACCAGCAUCCGGGAGCUGCACGACAUGUUUGUGGACUUGGCCAUGUUUGUGGAGACGCAGGGCGACAUGAUCAACAACAUAGAGAAGAACGUCUCGAGUGCGGAGGACUACGUGGUGCGAGCUAAAGAGGAGACCAAGAAGGCCAUCAGAUACCAGAGCAAAGCCAGGAGGAAAAAGUGGGUCAUCGUGGUGGUGUCUGUGGUGCUGGUGGCCUUGCUGGCUCUCAUCAUCGGGCUGUCAGCUGGCAAGUGACACUACAGGAGCCGCUAACGACCUUCCUUCUUAUUUGUGUCAUUAUUCGCUUGGGAUCCUUGGAAUUAUCGCCUCAGCCACACUGUCAUAGCAACCACAUCCUCAGAGGGCCCGUCCCGCGAGUCCGAGUCCCAGCCGCCUCCCUUCACGACAGAACCCCAGGCGAGGGGGUGGCGGGCCGGCCCGGAGAAGCCCUGGCUGCUGUGCCUGGCCGGGCCAGAGCAGAGGACGCCGGACUGUGCCCACGGCCUGACGCCCCACUGCCCGGGUGCGGGGUCUGUUCAGGGCCCCGACACAGGCUCUUCCAUCUCAGGGCUGAAGAGCCGGGUGGCGUGCAGUCAGGAGUUUAGAGUCCAGGCCUCAGUCUGCAACCUGCCUCUCCCGCUAACGUGCCGUUAAGAGACGCUUAACUACUUUGAUCUGUCUGUCUCCCGUUCGGGGAAUGAUUUUUUUUUUUUUUUUUUAUUGCACAAGUGUUUUGUAAGAGAUUUGUGAUUUCAAGUGUUUAUAAGUUAAUUGUCUGAUAUGUGGAUGCCUUAACUUCUUCCGCUGUUACAUUGCCACUUGUGCCUUUAAGCACAGAGGGACCUCACAAAGCUAGAGCCGUCUUUGCACCCUGGACUCUGGCAGAGCACCCCACAGAGCCUCCCGUGCUCCCCUCAGGGCGUGAGCACCCCCGACACCCCCAGACCUCACUGUGCUCAGUCUCCCUCCUGCUGGCCCACACCCACGCCCAGAAGACGUCUCUUCUUGCUGUAUGCCCCUGUUACAUGAAUGAAGCCUGAAUUUAAGGUGGUGAGAAGCCAAGGUCUAGUCCUUCCUAGACCCUGGGGAUUCAAGCUCAGCUGUCAAGUGCUCUCACAUCCAGGCUGCCGUGAGGAUCCCUGAACCGUCCUGCCAUGUUGCGCGUUGGAGUGAGUGAGUCUCCACAGUUCACAGGAGCUGAAUCAUUAGGGCUUGGAGCCGUGGGAACUGUCACAGUGAACGGAUAGCCACAAGUGGCGUGGUCAGGGCCCCCAGCAAGGGUGAGGGCAGCCCUCAGCUGGUGUGACCUCGGCCCUCUGUGACCUGUUUGACCUUGGCCUAUAUGACCUUGGGCCUGUGUGACCUCCACUCUCUGUGACCUCAGCCUGUGUGACCUCGGCCCUCUGUGACCUUGGCCUGUGUGACCUUGGCCUGUGUGAUCUCGGGCCUGUGUGAUCUCGGGCCUGUGUGACCUCAGCCUGUGUGACCUCAGCCCUCUGUGACCUUGGCCUGUGUGACCUUGGCCCUGUAUGACCUCGGCCCUGUGUGACCUCGGAUCUCUGUGACCUUGGCCUGUGUGACCUCGGAUCUCUGUGACCUCAGCCUGUAUGACCUCAGCCCUCUGUGACCGUGGUGCUGACCUGGAUGCCUGUGGACGACCCCCAUGCUCCGUGCUCGCUGCGUUCAGGGACUCUUUUCGGGGUGUAUGUGCACCAGACGGCUGGGCUCAGCCCCAACGCUGCUCACCAUCUGCGGGGGGGGGGGGGGGAGGGACAGAGGAUGGUGGUUGCCCCAGUGACACCAUGGGUCCUGCUGGGGGGUGUGUGUGCUCAGGCCCUGCUGCCCUCUCCAGACCUUGAAGCGGCUUCUCCCAGCCCCCACCCAGGUAGGACCGCGGGCGAGUGCCUUCCCAGCAUGCUCAGCAGCGCACACCUGCCGUCUCCCCUCAGGUGCCGCUUGGACUCCAUGUUCUCUUGUUCUCCUGUAACCUAGUCUGCGUUUACAUUGAAAGUUCCUGGAGAACUGA